GCUGAAUGUAUGGGGACCGCGGCGUUCCCAGGACAACGAAACGCCAAACAACCGAGAAAAAUCCAGCGUCACCUCAGGUUAACAACAGCUAAUUAAUCGCUCAUGACGACCGUGCAUCGAAAUGAAAUGCAAUUUAAUUAGUCCAAAAUUGUUUAAGAAUUAAAUAGUUAGGAGGAGUUAAUUUAAGAAGGCGGGAAUCGACGAAAAGCACCGCAAAUAUGAGUCGUAACUGGACGUACAGCCAGCAGCAGAGGUUAAUGUCUCAGCGCCAGAACCAGGAGCAGCUCAGGCAGCAGGAGGCCCGGCGUGUGGACAGAGAACGGCAGCUGCAGGCCGGUGUGCGGGACGAGGAGAACUCUGAGAAGAGGAGAUACCUGCGACAGGUGCAGGACGAACUCAAGGAGAGGCAAAUGGAGAGCGCUCUGCUUAAGGCUGAGGAGGAGAAAAUAAACCGAGAAAAGCAACUUGAACAAGAGGAGAGAAUGGCUAAAGAGCUGGCCCGCAUCAACUAUGAGACACAAAGAGAAGAGAAAAUGAGGCAGUAUAUUAAAGAGAACAGCAUUGAGCUUCGAGAGCUGGAGUCAAAGCUGAAGUCUGCAUAUGUGAAUAAGGAAAGAGCUGCACAGAUUGCUGAGCAGGAAGCUAUGAGGUUUGACACAAUGCGUGAGGAGGCGGACUUAGCUCGCAAGAUGAAGAGCGAACAUGAGCGAGCAGCCGUUGAGAAGCAGAAGCUGGAGCAGAAACGCUACGAGGAGCUGGCGCAGUAUCAGAGACAGCUGGAGCAGCAACUCCUGGAGAGGGAGCGCAAGAGACAAGAGGCAUACGAGGAGUUCCUCAAAGAGAAGCUCAUGGUUGAUGAGAUUGUCAGGAAGAUUUACGAGGAGGAUCAGAUGGAGAGACAGCUGAAACUGGAGAAGGUCAGAGCCACUCAGCAGCACAUUGAAGAAUUCAAGAAACAGCAGGCCGAGUGGAGACGCAUGGAGCAAGAAAAGAUGGAGGCUGAGAACAAACGCAUCAUGGAGUUUGCGAGCCAUCAGGAGCACAUGGAGGAGAACAGAAUGGCUAAGAUCAAAGAGAGAGAAGAAGCAAAGGAGCAUCUUCAUAAAAUACUGUCUGAGAAGAUCGAAGAGGAGAGGCAGCAGCGUGAAGAGAUGGAGCGAGUCCGUGAGGAACUUUAUUUAGAAGAACAAGAAGAGGCUAACAGGCAAAGAGACCUUGAAGAGAUGGAGAAGAAAAUCAGACAGAGGCUGAUGAUGCAGCAGACCUGCCAGCAGCAGAUGGCUUUCAAAGAGAUGCGGAGGCAGGCAGAGAAAGAGGAGGAGGAGGCCUUCAGGAAAAUGAUGAUGGCUAAGUUUGCCGAGGACGAUCGGUUGGAGCAGAUGAAUGCUCAGAAACGACGCAUGAAGCAACUUGAGCACAAGCGCGAGGUGGAGAAACUGAUCGAGGACAGAAGACGGCAGCAUGAGGCUGACAUGGAACUGGAGGCUAAAGAGAGAGCGAUUGAGCAGGAAAGGGAGGCGCUGCGUCGGCAGAUAAUUGAAGAGGAGAGGCAGCGACUUCUUAAACGCCACGCAACAAAACUCCUUGGAUACCUACCAAAGGGCUUGCUCCGUGAAGACGACCUGGAGCACUUUGAUGAAGACUUCAGAAAAAACUUUAAAACACGCCAGGCAGAUAUCUUUUCUGACGACGGCUGGGAAGGCGAUGAUUAAAUCUUUAAUCUGAAAUUGCACGCUAUGUCACCUGAUGGCAGUUUAAGGUUACAGUGAGCUAAGUCGCAAUUCUUAGUGACCACAAAGUUCUUCAUUUCUCAGUAUUCAUGAUAGCACUUGUUUAGCAUUCAGAAACAACAAAAUCAUUUUAGGACAUGUUUUUAUUUAUUAGGAUUUUGUAGACAGGAUCUUAAUUAAUAUCAUUCCAGAAAAUAUGUGAGGUUGUCUGGUGGCUAAAUGUGGCAUAAUUGGGAGACAAAUCUCUAAAUUCCCUCUGAAUUCAAAGUCUUCUAUAUAUGUGAACCUCUCCGUGUUUAUGACUUCCCCCAGUCUAGAGCUUUCAUGAACUCGUCUUCUGUGAACGACAGCAGUUUGGCAGCUUCAAAAUGCAUCUGCACAAAAAAAAAACCCUCAGUCUGUUAAGAUUUUGAUGAAACAAUGAUGGUGGGUAUUAACAGGGUAGAGACACUGACCUUUUGUUUUUUGAGGAUGUCAAUCAGCUUGAGCUGUUUCUUGAAACCCACGAUGAGUUCUGCUUUCUGUUUUUUUAGCAUUUUGUUUUCAGCAAGUAGAUUUUCUUUACUCUGAUGUUCCUCGCUUAUCUUGUCCUAAUUUAAAAAUCAUUUUAAAGACUGAAGUUAGUAGAAGUUGAGCAGAUCCUAACAUUUGUGCAACCUGAGGUCUCAUUCGCAAACAGUUACAACUGAAAUUCAGUUGAAGCUGCUGCUUUAUGUAAACUAAAAGAGCUAAAUGAACUUUCCUCUUUCCAUCUUCAAAUAUCAUAUUCUACGUUAUCCACAGAUAUUUUCAAGUCUACUGUGCAGCUUAACAUUCAGCUGCUGAUAUACAUGAGAGCCUCCUGAUCUCCCUGGAUGCUACAGUUUAGUUGUAUAGGUCAGGUUAUCACUCCCCGUUUUUAACAUCACUUUGUGGAGGAUCUUUUAUCUAAAAUGAUGCAUUAUCAUUUUCCUUUUGAUCUUAAAACAACAAUACUAAGACACUCGUAAUUACAUGACCUUAAAAAUAGCCAUAUUAAAUGAUCCCUGUAACACAACAUGUUGCUGCUAUGUCCUAUACAAGUGGAAUAGAUUGUUUAUAUUCAAAUAAAGAUUCAAUUAUAUGCGAUUGU